AUGUGGUUUAGUUCGUACUUUUUACCACUUAUUCUUCUAAUAAGUACAUCCGAAAAGUCACUAGUAUUGUCCUGUUCGGGGGACGUUUUACCCUACGAUAAGUUAGAUGUUGACGAUUGGAUAAUUUCCAGUAAAUAUAUUGAAAGAAGAUAUCCAUAUUUUACAUUUUCCUGCAAUUCUACUAUGUGCUCCGUAAGAGAAAUGGACUACUUGUUUCAUGAUAUCGCUUACACAUUUCGCAUCAAAGACAUUGUGAAAUCGUUAAUGUUUAUGUACGGUUCUGAUUAUAUUGAACUAGUUGAGUACGACGAAACUGGACUUGGAGACAGCUAUAGUGAUGGUGAUGAUGAUGACGAUGAUGACGAUGGCUAUGGCGAGAGUACAAAAUCAGGCACGGCAAGUGAUAAUGGUAAUGAUGAAGAUGAUACUAAGAGUUCGGCAAAUAAAAGUCGAUCCAACUCCCUUUCUCCUCAAAUUUAUAUUACCUUAUUACUCUGUCUCUUGACUAUAUGCAAUUACUCCUAA